AAACACUCUCCACACUUGAUCUAAGCCAAAAGGCCGAUCUCUUUGCCUACGAAACUCCGACUCAGCUCCACUUGCCUUCUUCGAUGUCUUCAUCCCAAACUGAAAUCCUCUUGUUCAUCUGUCUAUUUCUCAAAAGAAAAUUGCAUAAUCGAGGAAGAAGCAAGGUAGCCAUGACUCGGCUAUUCCCCAAAAUCACAUAAAAGGCCUGAAAAUGCACUCUUUCAUUCCAUUCUCAAUAAGUCUUGCCUUCACUCAUCAGUCAUUUUUAGUCCCUUUAUUCCCCCCUUUUCACUCACAAAUGCCCAAUUAAAAAUGUCAGAUUACAUCCCUCAAGAGGUUAUGACCCAAAUCCUCAUAAGGGUUCCUGUAAAAUCUCUCCUAAGAUUGAGAUGACAAAUUGCUAGUUCGGCACUAUUCUAAAGAUCAAAAGACUGAAGUUUACACAGUACACUAUGACAAUGAAGCAUUCGCUGUGGAAAAUGGGAUUAAAAUAGGCUUCCCCUUUCGCGGUUUAUCGCGUUAUUAUUUCAGGGUUGUUGGUUUUAGCAAUGGUUUGCUGUGUCUGUCUGAUGAUCUAUUUGGAUACACAAAUCUUAUUAUGUUUUGGAACCCUCUGAUCAGACGGAAAUUCACUCUACCUUCGCCCCAAGCUGUUUUUGAUAAGUUGGGGCCUUUUAUGUUUGUGCUUGGAUUUGGAUUUGAUGUGAAAAACAAUGAUUUUAAGGUUGUAAGAAUUGCCUAUGUUCAGGGAAGUAAUGGGUAUAACUUGCCUCCGAAAGUUGAGAUUUUUGCACUAAGUGUAGGGAAUUGGAGGGAGAUUGAUGUUGAUGUACCUGAGAAUUGGGUUGUUGAGUACUUUUGGACUCAAGCAUUUGUGAGAGGGAAGGUACAUUGGACUGCAUAUAGGAUGAAUAUGGAGAGGGAGAAUGGGAAGGAAAAUUUGAUCAUGUUGUUUGAUUUGAGUACCGAGGUUUUUGAGGAAUUGCUGUUGCCUGAUGCUUUGGUUGAUGAGUCUCCUGUAGAUUUGUGCACAUUGGCUUGCAAGGAUUCAGUUGCUGUUCUUCAUUACGAUAGGCGUGUUUGGAGUGGAAGUUGUUCCAUUUGGUUGAUGCAAGAGUAUGGGAAUUUUAAGUCUUGGAGUAAUAUGUACAAUGUGGUCUGUGAAGGAGGGUUGGGGAUCGUGUUGAGCUUUGGGAAGGAUGGUGAUAUAUUGUUGACAGAAAGAAAUGGAGAGUUGGUUUCACACGAUCCAAGAACUCAAAAAUCUAAGCAUCUCGAAAUCUGGGGAACUAAAGAUUCAUCCUUUGUGGAUACUUAUUCUGAGAGCCUUUCUUUGCUGAUCGAAGGAGCAAAAAUACUACCUGAGCUACCAAGUGUUAGUGAAUCUGAUUCUUCUGGAGAGGACAAUGAAAGAGAGGAUGAGGGGGUUGAAAAGCAUGAGCUCUGGAUACAAUCGAUUAUGAUUCAAUAUCUUACUGCAUUGCUCAACCAUUGAUGUAUGCGUAUUUUGCUUGCUAAUGUGUAAAUCUCCGUAGUCUAAUGUGUACUCUGAGGCUGAUGACUGUAUACAUGUUAAAAGGGUUAAAUGCCCAUCUUUUUUUUUUCCAGGAAAUGAUAGAUGAUUUUAUUGGAUUUGUGUAUGAACUAUACACUUAGUGAGCAAAGGCUCAAUUGGAGCUAUACAAGUGUCUAAAGACACUGAGGAUUUAACCAUUCCUCAUGAAAAGAUAUGCUUAAUGCAUGAUUACACACAUCAGUUGUUC